CGUUUCGCGGGUGGGGUGACAUCACUAUCGUUUUCUGGUUGUGUUGUGUCAGUCACUUACAGAAUGACGCAGUAGAAGGUCGUCUCAGAGAUGGCGAGCUUCCCAGUAUGAAAAUACAAUUUUAUGGCGAGGUAAAAAUAUUCUGUUUGGGAAAGAAAAAAUGUCUGCAGACUCUCCAAGGCGUGGUGUGCAUAAAGGAGUACAAGUUGUAUCACCUCAGCCAAUAGUUGAUCGUUCAAUUAUAGAUAGUGUUGCAGGAAUAAUUAAUGAUAUUGUUCCACAGGCUUAUACUGGUACACCAAAUUCUGAGAACAAAGAGUCUAUAUCAUGGGCAAGGUUUGAGUAUGCAGACAUUAAUGAUCCUACCCUGUAUCCAGACUACAAUGAAGGCUCUAAUACACCACCUUUAUUAUUGGUACUUGGCUAUACAACUGGAGUUCAGGUAUGGUUGAUAGCAGCAACCGGAGAAGGAACUGAAGUGUUAUCAUGGCGACAAGGUGUCGUUCGUACACUGCGAAUUUUACCAAAUCCAAAGACUGACGAUGAACAUGUUGAUUUGUUUGAAUUGAAACGGCCAAUGGUAGCAAUAUGUGAUUCAGCUGGACCUGGACCACAAUUUUGCAACAUUAGUUUCAUUUCAUUAAAAACUGGGGAACAAGCUAAAAGCAUAAAAUUUAAAAAUCCUGUUUGUGACAUUUUGGUAAAUAAACGAUCCAUAGUAGUAACAUUUUUAGAAAAGAUCGCGGUGUUCGAUGCUCGAACAUUGGAAGAUGUAUUAACAGUUACUACUUGCUAUGCCAGUCCUGGUCCAAAUCCAAAUCCUGUUACUUUAGGCACAAGAUGGCUUGCUUACAGCGAAAAAAAGUUACUACCAGCAAAAAGAAGUAGCGGUGGUUGCGAAAGUGAAGGAGUUCAAAGUUAUACAGCAACUGUUCUAUAUGCAGCAAAAUCUUUAGGGAAAGGAUUGCGUGGUUUGGGGGAAACAGUUGCAUCUAGUUUAACUGGCAAUUCAGUAUCACCAGUAGUCAUUAAUAAUACCAGCAGUGAUGUAACUCAACCAGGAGUAAUUACAAUAUUAGAUCUCCAAGCAGCAAAAGAGGAGAAAGAAUUAGACGAUGCGAAUAUAGAGACUGUCGUUGCUCAUUUUACUGCCCAUAGUGAUGCAAUCGUUGCUAUGACUUUUGAUUUAAGUGGUGCAUUGCUAAUGACCGCUGACAAAAGGGGGCAUGAUUUUCAUGUAUUUAGAAUUCAGCCACAUCCAGGUGGUCCCACUUUGGCAGCAGUACAUCAUUUGUAUAUUCUACAUCGUGGAGAUACUACUGCGAAAGUGCAGGAUAUGGCUUUUUCGAGUGAUACUCGAUGGGCUGCGAUAUCAACUGUGCGGGGCACUACUCAUGUGUUUCCUGUUGCACCAUAUGGUGGACCAGUAGGAAUACGAACUCAUUCCACACCUCAUGUUGUAAAUAGACUUUCAAGAUUUCAUAGAAGUGCAGGUUUAAUGGACGACGGCACCAGAUCUCAUUCUCCCGUAUCUCAUACAGAGUUGCCUUUAUCAGUGUAUCCAUAUUCUAAUCCAAGACUCCCUCCGUACCCUCAUCCAACUAUACUACAUCCUCUGGCACAGAUACGACAACCAUCUUCAUUAAAUCAUGUUAACAGUCAAGUUCAACAAAGCAGGCCACAGCAACGACAACGAUUGCACUCGGACGAUAGUGGAACAUUACCACUAAAAAUAUGUGCUUGUUUUGCACCUCCAAGAGCUUGGAUGUAUGCGCAAAGGGAAUCUACUGCAAAAGUUAUGAAGAGAGCAGUUGAUUCUUUGUUUAUUAUGGCAUGUCACGGAAAUAUGAUACAAUAUGAUUUAGAACCCAAACCAGCUGCAGGUAUACCAAAAGAAAAAGUAUGUGACGAUACGAUGAUAGAAUUAGAGGUCGAAGCCAAAGGUCAAUGGCCUCUUCUAAGAUCUCCGAAUUCUUUAGAGAUUGUACCACCUUUGCCAACGUCUAGCCCUUUACUAAAUGUCAAUAUUAUACCGAAAGACAUUCAAGAUGGCGAUUUAGCGGAGGAUCGUUGGUUAAGUCAAGUAGAAAUUGUAACACACGCUGGUCCACAUAGGCGACUUUGGAUGGGACCUCAGUUUGUUUUUAAGACCUAUAAUGCAACUAGUGGAGCUACUGUGAAUCUUGUCGAAGCAGAGGCUGUUGAAAUUGGAGUAACCGGUGGAUCUCGUCCUGCGAGAUCAAAUCCAGUCAACAUGCCGCAUGCUGCAUCCAGAUCAUUGGUACCUGUGGUCAUUGAUGGAUCAGGAAGCAGUUAUGAGCAGUCUCCAAGAUUUAUGGAAGCGUAUGGUGAUCCCUUAGAUAGUGAAAAUGCUGGUGUUGGCGGUGGUGAAAAUCAAUUGAGAGAAGAUUUGGCCGAAGCUAUGCUAGAGACAUCGAUCGCACCACACCGUGCUCCAGGGAGGCGAUCGGUAUUUGAGAGGGUGGGUCAACCGGUAACUAAAGUCGUCAACCCUCUGGGCACCGUGAUUACCGUAUCGGCCGAUGAGGAGGACAUUAACUCCAGUCAGGAGUUCGAUUUCGCGAAGGAGAGCCACGUGCCGGAACCACCUAGGAGCGUGUGCGCCGAAGAAGGUCCGGCUUCUCUCGGCGAUUUCGAGCCGGAGAGUCAAACUCUGCGCGAUCUCACCGAGAUCUGCGCGGAAAUGCGCUCAGCUGGCGAGCCUGCGAUCGACAGCGUGCCGGAUGAGAACAUCUGCGAGGUGAAGGAAAGAAAAGCGUUGUGCGUCGAGAUCGCUUCAAUUACGAACCCUGGGAACUCUACUAUUGACUUCGAGAAAGAAGAAGCCUUCCGCGAUGUACCGACCAGCUUGAGUCUGUGCGUAGAACAGGGUGAAAUCCCCAGCAGUCCUAUGACCCAGGCAAAGGAAGCUGCUUGGUGCAAGAAAGUUGAUAAAAGGGAAGACAGAGGGACUCACGAGAGGAACGUAUCCGAGGCACAAUACGUAGUCAACUAUGAUGAGGGUAAUGUAGUUUUGAUGGAAAAUAAGGCAGCUCAUGAAAAAAAGAAUACAUCGGUGCAUUGUAAAACUGAGAGUAAAAAAACUUGCGAGUUUGAAAAGGUUGUGAAGAAGUCGGAGAAGAUUGGGUACUCUGUAUCCUCUAGUAAACAAACCGGGAGUAAGAAGUAUAUUCUAAAAGAACAAGGAGAUAGUAUCAUUAUCGAAGACAUUACUUGCGACGAUUCUAAGAAUAAUUGCAGCCAGAAGGAAGGAUGCGGAAAAAGCGUGAUCGAAGAUACGGACAGUAAAAUUUCUGAAAGUAAAAGCGGAGAGUAUUCGAAAGAAACUGUAAUUGGGAAAUGUAAAAACAAAUCAAAGUCUUCCACGGCUCAGAAUUACAAAGAAAAAGUUGAAUUUCUUAUGGAAAGCAAAAGUUCGUUGAAGCAGGUAGAACCGAUCAUAGAAAUGGAUGUUGUAAUCGAAGAAACCGGUAAGAAGGAAGAUUUCAAGCCGACUAUAAGUGCGGAUGUAUUAACUAAAGAAACUGAUAAAUAUAAAUCAUCGACAUCGGACUCGAACGACGAUUUCAGUUCCAGUGAAUAUCACAUCGUCGAUACACCUUGUUGCAACAAACAUGGUACUUCGAUUCAGUCCGACGAAGACAUUGAACAUAUCCAAAGCUCCGAGAUCAUUCAAUUACAGCAGGCUGAAUGCAUCGAUAGCGAUAAAUGCGUGGACGUGAUAAGUUGCGCAGGUUCUUCACCUAUUAUGCAGAGGAAGAACAGCAAGAAUACGAUAUCUGAUGACGAUAUAGAGUACAUACAUGCUUCUGAACUAGUAGAAACAUCUGACAAAAUUUGCAAAGAAGAUUCGAAGUUUGAAAUUAGUAAAGCUAGCAAUAGUGAAUCGUCCACGACAAAGAGCAAACCUUCGUCGUCUGACGACGAUAUGGAACACAUAUACCAUUCGGACGUCUAUGAUGUACCAUCUGAAAGAUCUAAGGAUGCGUGUGAAAGAAGCACGAGGAGAUCUCAGGAGAUUACAGCAGAAUCAGCGUUGGCAUCUAAGAAUGCUAAGAAGACAAAGGAUAUCGUGGUGAUCGAAAGCGAUACAUCGGAUGCUGAUGUGACUGUAAUCUUUAAACCGGUUGAUAGUUGGAAGAAUAAGAAUACAGAGAGAAAAGAGGAACUGGAAGAGUCUGAUAACAUAAAAGAUAUCCCGGCUACUGAAAAUGUUAGUCCACUAAGAAAAACUAAGGUUCGUUCCGCUAAAACAUCUCCUUCAAACGUCGCAUCCAAACGAUCGCAAGCAGGAAUCGAAAUAAUCGACAUCGACGCGAUGCAGAAAGCUGAGAUGAAAGUACUAAUCGAUACUACAUCCGUCUCUGAAUGUAAGAUCCUCGCUGGACCCGAGGUCUGUGGGACUCGUGCGAAGAAGUUUCGGAAGAGUAAGAAAGCCACCAACGAAAGCAACGUACAAAUUUCCGAAGCUUCCACCGAGCCUGUAAAACCUGUUGAAGAUAUUUCAAAGGAACCAAGCUUGCAAGAACCGUUACCUGAAUUUUCCUGGAGCGCUAUAGUAAAGAAGAAAAAUAGUUCUCCCGUGGCUGAGUCAGAAACGCGAAGAGAAGAUAAAUUCGAGGAUAAGCUGAAAACCGAAUCGUUCAAUCCUAUCGAAGUCUCGUCGUGCACGCCUAUUUUAGAGAAAAUAGAGUCUUUGAAGAAGAAGAUACACGAGUCUUCGUUGAGAAAGAAUUUAGACAAAAAGAGUUCGAGUUCUCAGAUGGUAGACAAAGUUCGAGAGGGUAACUUGGAAUUAUAUCCUCAAGAGGAAAUUUCCUGGAGCUCCAUCGUCAAGAAGAAAAACACUUUCUCUGCUGAGAAUGAGACAAAGAAGGAAUCUGACCUCGAUCCAAUAGCGGAAGAUGCGAGCAAUGAAGAAAGGAAAAUUUGUCGAAAAGAGGAAUCUUUGACUGAUCCAUCGUCAACGAUGGUGGAUCAAUUGAAAGAAACUGUUAAGGAAACAACCGUGGAAGAACCACUUGUACAUGCAACGGAAGGAUCUGGGAGUUUCAUCGUUAAGAAAAAACCUGUUUCCACCACAGAAAGCGAAUCUACGAGAAAGAAAAUUGGCGAACAGAAAAUUCACAAAAAGCUGGAUCUACCGACCAAUUUGUCGGAAACUAAAAUUGAGCACGAAACAAAUUCAUCUGCAAGUGAAAGCAUCUCAUCCGAGAAAGUUUCCAAAUUAGAAGCUGUAAGCGAGAUCGAUGAAAAAGAUCCAAACGAUUUAAACAAGUGGAACGUCGGUGGACCGUUGGUAGGUGCAACGUUUACGAAAGAAGAUUCCUCGGAACCUGAAAGAGAUACCGAACCAGAGAAGAGGAGUGAUUCGGAGCAGGAGAUCGUGCCUGAACGUUCGACUUCUUCGGACGAGUUGAACCUAAACGUGGUGCUCACGAACGUCGAAGGAGAGUAUUCGGGUCGUGAGACAGCUGAGAGAAGUGCGACGAAUACCUCAGUUUGCGCCACGUCCAAGAAAGGCAAUAGGUCGAAGAAAAAAAAACGCAGAUGAGUAGAGGAUUGCAUGGAUGUACCUAGGGCCAGCCUUGCCCUUUACAUACUCCUGAUGCAAGUAACUGGGAUUGGUUAGCAGGAGUAUAGACCGGGAACAAUUUGCGUUCCCGAUUUUCAUUCUAAUCAAGUUAGCAUGGUCGUUUUAUCGAAGAACAAUUAUCUUAGGAAGCACGUGUUAUAUAAUCACUUUUCACGAGUGGAGCAAGCUGUAGCUCCGUUUUCAUGGAACGACAAGUGUCUGGCAUCCUGUCAGAUUUGAUAUUUUUGAAAAUAUUUUCUAAAAAAAAAAAAGAGAGAAAUUAUCGAACAAAUAGAAAUAGCAGUAGUACAUAUAUGUUGAUUUAGUAACCGCGUUAGAAAAGAAUCAAUAUGAAAGAACGUUCUAGAGGCACUCGAUGAAAUUUCCUAUGAUAAUAACAAGGGCAAGGCUGUAAUCAUUGGAUUUACGUCCGCUAAUAUUCAAGUCGAAUUUGUGGAACAAAUAAACAAUUGGAAAUAAUACACACACACAGACACAUACACGAGAUACACACUUAACACUCAGCCAACCACGCGCGCCGCAGCGAGCUAUACGUUUCCACCGCGCUCGGACAAGUCAACCUAUACGCUGUCCAUCGCGCAUUUUUCCACGUAUCGAGGACUAAUAUUCACUACUUAAAUAAAAUCAUUACCGCAAAAUAUAAUUAAUCAUUUAAAUAAUUUUUAGACUUCUUCGUUUUUUAAGUAGUGAAUAUUUCACAUAUUGUUUAUACAAAAUAUCAAAUUAAAAGUAUAUGUUAAAAAUAUAAAAACAUAUGGGUAAAAUUAAAAACAUUAAAGAUAACACGAGUUGAGCAUGAAAUUAAAAAUUUAUAAUGCACUUUAAUAUCUUUUUGCAGUGCAGUAUGGUUUGAUUAUAACUUUAUUUAUUUAUAACUGAUACUAGUUAUACUUGUUAAAUAAUUUUAACACCACUAAAUUGUGUAUUUUAUUAUAUACUGUACUUUAUAAAAGUAGAAAAAGUGGUGCAAUUAAUUGGGAACAAUUCCAGGUAAACAAUAAUUGAUAAUAACAACAAAAAAAAAAAAAAGAAAACACGAUGCUAAAGUCAAAAAGGGAGAUCUCUCCGUUCGGUUACGCAACGAUGUUCUUCACAGAGAGGAGAUAUUCCUAUUCGGUUGGCUAAAUGUUAAAAUAAGAAAAAAAAACUUCUAUAUACAAAGUAUAUCAUAUGCGACCCAUUUUAAGAGUGGACAGAAGGCAUAAAAACAAUGAGAAAGGUUCAUAUCAACAUAUGUUUUAUCUGACCUUGUUUCAAAUUUAUAGCCAUUUUUCGUUUUAAAUCCACAACCACCUAUCUUCAUAGAAGAUGGUCCAUACUCAAUGGCCACCCUCGAUUUGUAUUAUUCGACAUACACGUGGAAUUUUUGACACGACGAAGGUAGUCAUUUCAUUGAACAGUUGCGGAUUAUUGAAAUAUUAAAGUGGCUAUAAAUUCGAAAGAAAGCCAGGUGGGACUCAUGUCCAAAAGUGAACUUUUUUCAUUGUUUUUGUGCUCCCUGUUCACUUCUGUAGUGGGUUCCACAUAUUGUGAUGCACCCUGUAUAUAUAAAUAUAUGUAUACAUACACAUAGAUAUCUAAAGGAAAAUCAAAAAGAGAAAAAAUGAGAAAAAAAAAAUGAAACACAUAUAGCGAUUUCUGUUCCGACUGCCUUACAUCGACGUCGAGUCGAACGAGAAUGCGUUGUACGAUGUCCGUGUGGUGCAUACGAGAAGUGUUCUAGCUUUUUAUUACGAUCGAUGAAAUUCAGAUGAAACGGACAAAUCGAUUCGCAGCCAUUCACCGAUAAUUUAAGCACUUUAAAUACUUCUUUAAUACGGCGACUGCCUUGCGUUUCGAUUCGUACUGUUAAAGGGUUUUCACGUUAUUAGUUCCAAGAAUCUUUAUUUAUAAAUGAUACGAAACUUUCUGGAGAAAGAGAAUAGAGAAGAUUAAAAUUUUACUAUUUUUUAUUGGCGAUAUAACGAACAAAUUUCUUUAAUCUGACAUGGUUCUUAUGUAAUAAGUAUGUGCAGCCUUAACACAAAGAAUCUACAGUAGUAUUGUUAUGAAUAUAUUAUGUGCGAUAUACGAAACUUUUUAAAAUUUCACUAUCAUUGUAGUGACACCAGUGUCGUGAUUGCAUUUAUAAAAUUUGAAAACCAAAUCAAUCUAAAACUAUAUAUAAAAGUAACAAUACAUUUCUUACAAACAUAACACUUAGUAAAAAAUUACUAUGCAGCAUGAAUCAUGGUUUUAAACAUACAGUUAGUCUAAAGACAGCCUCACUAUUUAUUGCGUCUUGUUAAUAAUCGCAAUAGUCGUGUCUCAUUACAAUGUUAAUAAAAUUUCAAAAUGUUUUUUUAUAAAACGUACAAUAUAUUCACAAAAAGGUUCCAUAAGUGUUCAAAUAUUAUUGUGAGCUACUGUAGUUACAAGGACGGAAAAGUUGAAAUUCUCAUUCUAAAAUUGAAUUUUAAAAUUGAAUUUAGUUGCAUUCAUAUGAUAAUGAAUAUAAAUUCAUUAUCAUCAGUAUAUUGCGUAUAAAAAUUGGCUAAACGUUGUCAUUUCCUAUUUUGCUAUCAAAAAUCUAUUAUUUAGGAAAAAUAAAGAGGAAAAGAGAAAAAAGAAAAAAAGAUAUUGGGAACUAAUAGCACGAGCAAGUUACAUACAUAUGAGCGGUUUAGAAGAAGCCGCAUUGAUCAACUCUGUAAAUUGAAAAAUAUCGAAAAGUGAUGUUAUAAACACUGUUUCUUAGAUUUGCCUUAAGGUUUACUAUUAUUUGUGUCAUCUUCUUGUGAUAAAUGAAUUUAAGAAUUGAACAUUAAUCAUGAAUUUAUGUAGUGAAAUUAUAUAAAUUAACAAAAAGUGGAAUUCGAUCAGUGUGGCUUUUCACAGAUUCAUUACAAUAUACGUUUCGGUUUAGCACAAAGCUACUCGCAUCCGCCUCCAUACAAAAAUGUGUCCGAUCGAGAUCGUCGCGCUCGUCUCUAUUUUUUAUAUCCGCCGUCGAGACAUGCUUUCCAUGAAAGCCAUCCGUAAUAUAUUUUCACGGAUCCAGAGGAAAUUUGUUCGAACCGAUUAAUCGCGUUUAACGAAUGAAAACUUCCCUUUGGCUGUUCCGAGUUCUCCGGGAAUUUUAACGAUUUGUUUAUGCAACAGCCCUGUAUAUUGCGAAGUGAGAUAUCUAUUUCUAAUAUAGUAAAAGAUCGAGUUUCGCUAAGUGGUGUUCAAACUUGGAUAAAAUUAACUGAAAAAUCGUUGUUCUUCGUUUUUGUCGAUUAUUAUAUCGACCGUCGUAUAUCCGAACGAGGAAAUGGUCUUUGGUUGAUAUUCGUAGAAACUUUUUUUUCUGAAUGAAAGAAAUUCGUUGAUAACGCGUAGUUUAGAAACGGUAUCGGUAGAAUGAAACGUAUAAAAUAAGUGUUAUAUAAAGUAUACCUAAAUUGUAUUACAUUGCGUUAUACAUAUAUGCGCAUCUACGUAUAAAAAUUCGACUAUUUUGCAAAAAUAUUUGUUUUUGAAUCCAAAGGAUUUUAGUUGAUUUGUGAUACAAAUCGUGCGAAGCAAGUGAACAUUCACUGCAUAUUUUAUUGUGAAGAUUAUCGAUGGUAUAAAUCCAUAAUUCAUAUAAUGAUUGGAUGUUUGUCGUGUAAUAUCGAUGUGCGUAAAGUACGAGAGUAAUAAUUCUUGCAUUGUAUACGAGCAAGGGUUUGUCAUGUAAUAUCGAUGUGCGUAAAGUACGAGCGUAAUAAUUCUUGCAUUGUAUACGAGCAAGAGUUUGAAAAGGGAAACGGGAUUCGGUAUGUAUGUCAUAUCGAUCCAGAAUCUCAGUUCCAGUAUGCUAGAUAAUCUUUUCAUUUGUCGUACCUGGUUACGUACGCACGUUCUUGGUUCUCCUCAAAAGCUUUCGAAUUUAUAAUAUUUAAUAUCUUAAUAGUUUCCGUUCACUAAGGACGCAACAGAUAAAUUCAUCCCAUUGAUUCAAUUCUCCAGAUUACUACGUUUAUCGUGUGGUAGAUGUCAGUGGCUUCAGAAACUUUUCGAGAUUGUAAAUACUCGAGGUUCUUGCUACAAUCUCUUACCUCGAUAUCUUUUCGAUACAAUUUCUGCGUAGGUGUUAGAACACACGAACGACAAAAUAGCAUAUAUAUAUUUUUGACACGAUUCAUCACAGAUAACUACUCUCUUUAAACCCGUAACCGCGAAUUAGGUGUUGCUAGGUAAUCUUGGAAAAAAAAGGAUAAAGAAUUCCUGAAGAGCCAAAGAUGGGUUGUAAUCGAUUAGUUGCAUAAGCGGAAACGUUAGUAGUGUGGGGACUAUAGUUUUAUUUUCAGCACUUUAAUAAUCCAAAUGACAUGUAAUUUCGUGACUAAUACCUUAUGCUGCAGAAUUGUUCGUUUAGUUUUACGAAGAAGAUGUUAGUAUCGCGGAUCCUUAGUGAAAAUAGGUAUCUUAGAACAAUUUUAACAAAUACACAAUAGCACUGUACAGUUGUAUUACGCGAAUCGAGAAAUGUCGUUAUCAUUUCUAUGUUCUAUUUAAUACUUUCACGGAGAAGAGGUUCUCAUUUCAUAUAAGGUAUUUUGUAGUUUUUUGGUGGUAUAAUCGGCAAAGGGUUAAUUCUACACGAAGAUGGGACUUUGUUUCCGAGAAAAUUGACUUAAAAUAUUUGCCUGGUAUAUCUGGGUUAACCUUCGCUUGAUUUUUAUCUAUGGAGCAAUAUUAAAUUCAUUAUGUAUUACGAAGAAAUUAAAAGUAUCAUACAAUCAAAAUAUAUGAUUGUUUUAGAGUUCGAGCAAAAUUUUAGUCUAUCUUCUUGGCUUAUUUUUUCAUGCAGAAUUACCGCUUUCUGAUUGUACCAACGAUCAAAGAAAAUCGGGAAGUUUUUGACCAAGAUCUUCGAUUCUAUUACUUAGCCCAAUUCUUUUCUGUACGUUUUCCUGUUUUUUUUCUACAAGUAAUCAUGUUCUAUUUAUAAGUUUUCUUUCAGAGGGUUUGGCUAAAAUCUCUGAUAUCUCUUCUUUCUUCCUUCCUUUUGUGUUCUUUUGCCUUUUGUUGAACAUUUUGAUCACCGAUCGGUUGAAACCACUCUUGUGUUUAAUAGAGAAUCAUGUGUCGAGCAACAAAUCGAUUGUUCGUUUAUAUAGAUAUAAAUAUAUAUAAAUAUACAUAUAACUUCUAACUCGUUAGAGUUUGUUGCUAGUACAAAUGGAAAACGAUGAGAUCUUUUCGGUGGAACGAACAAGGUCUCUUUUCGAGGAUUUAGCCGUGAGAUUUAGUACAAAGCUUCUAAUCAUCACUUUCGUCCUCGUAAAUGCUGUGAUUAUGUUUCGUGAUUCACUGUAUCUAUUCGCUGCUACGUCGGGGGAAACGAUGUCUCAUCAUAUUUUCCACCUUUCUUUUUUUUUCAUAAAGAAACAACGAAGAAAAAUGUCGAAAAGUAGGUGCAAUGCUUUUAACGAUGAUAUCGUUCUUCAAGCUUAUUUUUAUUAGAAUUUUAACGACGAUUUCUUCAAUUCCUUUACCGAAGGAAGAAGUUUUCUUUACGAGUGUAGUAUGUAAAAACGAUGGAAUGUAUUUAUUAAUCCGAGUUGGGGCAAUCAUUAGCAGUAACGUAGAGUAAUUAUUUAUCACGUGUACGCUAUUCUUGGUGCGAUGAGUUAUUUUUGUUAACAUUUUCCUUGCUUCGUUCUUUUUUUAUAUUUUUUCCAAUCCAUGUGGUCUUGAAGGAAAGCAAGAAUCGAAGGAGUAAAUAAAAUUUUGUACGAUGAGGUUGACCAGUAGUUAGUUUUGCAGAAACAUCUGCUAUGAUGCUGUUUGUUUUUGUUUUUUUUAGAUUUAAAUUAAUCGUAUUCUCUGUUAUUACGUAUUGUCGAGGUUAUAAAUAUAAGUACAUUACAAUUUUAAUAAUUACAUCACAAUUGAAGGUGAUAGAGAGCACGUUGAUACAUUUACAAAAUUUACAAAAAAAUUAAGCUUGGUGUGUAACUCUAACUGAAAGUUACAAGAGACAGCAAUAAAAAUCUAUUUAUAGCUCAUUAUUUACAUUCAAGGGCAUAAUAAUAUUGUUUUUUUUUAUUUUUUUUUUUUUUUUGCUUUACUAAAUUCUAUUUCCUUUGUAACGGUGGUGUUCAGGUAACGGGUAUACAAAAGAAAGAUGUAGAGUCUUCCUAGAAGUGAGAAUUAUUUCAACAUAUAUUACUUUUUACUGUCUGUUUUUUAUUCAUUUACGUUACUAAAUGCAGUAAUUAUAGACGUAUAAUAAAAUCGUGAGUUUCUUUUAAAUUUAUGAUCUUCACUUACAAAAUCAUAAUGUUGACUGCCGAUAACAAAUAUGGUAUUAAAAAAAAUAAAAAUUAGUUUUUAAUAAGGGAUUUGUACUAAUCAGCAUUGAUACAUCAUACUACUCUUUGUUUCUGAUAUUCUUGACUCAUAUUCAUGUAUUAAUUUAAAAAUCAAUCAUACUUAUCAUGAGAGUGCUAAUGUUUUGUCAUAUGUAUAGCGUUUGAGGUCUUUUUUAAAGUACAAUCUUUUGAGUGUUAUAUUUUGCUAUUACAUCAAUAUUUAAUAAAGUAAUAAUGCUCUUUGAAUAUAGAGAUAUAGUCAUAUAAAUUUUGAUAUUUCUUGAUGUGAGUAGGUUUCCUUCAUUUAAUUUAUGUGACGUUUUUUGUUACAUUUUUAACUUUUUGUGCUAACAAUCAUUUUUGUGGAAUAAUCUUGUGGAUAUGUGCAUUCUAGUAUUUUCUUCUUAAUCAAUAUAUUUAUAGAAUUAUCGCGAUUCUAUAGAAAUAUAAUUUAUAGAAAAAAUACUAAUCUCAUAAUGAAGUAUUAAAUAUCAGAAUAUAAAUAUUACAUCUGUCUCAAGUGAAAAUCUGUAGAGUUUAGGGUAACUUAUAAAUCAUUUUUUUAUCAAGAUAUACUAAUAACAUGAUGAUUUCUGCCAUAGGUAUAUAUAAUUAUAAAAAAUUAAUUUUAAUAAGAUCAUUCUAUUAUUCUGUGAAUAAUACAAAAAUAAAUAAUCUUGGCUGAUAUUAGGAAGAAUUUUGUCUUUAAACGCGUUUUAUGUGUUCAAUAUAAAUUACUCGGUGAAUAUAUAAUAUAAUUUACUAACUUGGUGAUAGAUUUUUAUUAUAUAUCGAAAGUAGAAUAUUUUUCGUUUUAUUUGUUUUCACGUUUAUUGAAGAAAAUAUCUGUAGGUUGAAUGUUUCGUUUUGCAUUUCUUUAUAGUGACUAAUACAGUAAACAUAGCUGGUUGCUAGUUAUGAAAUAACUAAUAUUAAAAUUUAUUUUUUAAUCAAAAGUCAACCUAAUAUCUAUUAGGAAUAUUUUAGUAAUAUAUAAAUUCAUGCGACGCACGUGAUAAUAUUUCAAAAGUUGUUUUAUUAGUAAUUUAAAUUUCUAGGUACGUAGUUCGUAGUUGAACCUUUUAAAAUAAUCAAAGGCGAGCCAUAAAUGUCAUUUUUCUCAUAAAACGAGAACAAUGAUUCUGUAUUAUGAAGUAUUAAAUGGAUUACUAAACUGUUCGAUAACUAAAAGAGUUUGUGCUUCUCUCGACGUAGCAAAUGCAGUGUCAUCGAGGGCAUUCGUUGGUAUUAAAAAACGCAGAGAUUUCAAUAAUGGUGCAUACCACCAGAAUACUUUUAUUUUGUAUUAUAGAGGUUUCGUUAGAAUGCAAAGUUACACGUAUAAUUCAAGCGAAAGCAUAUUCGUCCCUUUAUCGAAUAAACAUAGGUACCAAUUGUCUGCAAAUCCUUGAAUCCUCUAUCCCUCCUUCAAUUUCCACAGAAAUCGUUCGUAACGGACGAAAAAAUACGAAACUAUUUAAGUGGAUGCAUCGAAUUUAUUAUAAAUACUCACAACUUGAUGCGAAAAAGAAAAAACCGACGAAUUAUACACAUAGUACCUAACAAAAUACGGAACGUUGUAUUUCUGGGUAGAACGCGUGACUCUUUUUUGCAUAAAGUGUAUAGCAGACACAAGUGUAUUGCUCUGCUUCGAGCAAAAGAAUUAAUUUUUCGAAAGAAAAAAAAGCAAAAUUAACAAUUAAUUAAAUUAAAAAGUUAAAUAAUUAAAAGUUAACAGCAAAUUGUAAAAUUUUUUUUGCAACUUCCUUUUCUUCAUAUUACAGUAUAACACACGUCUCUCUCUCUCUCUCUAUCUCUCUCUCCUUUAUUUUCGCUACCUCAACCACUCACUUUUAUCCCAUAUUUCUUUCGACGAAAAAAGAUGAUAGUAGUGUAUUUAUUUCGGCGAUUUAAUCCUCUAAACGCCGGUGAGAGUCGCGUGGACCGUAGAUAGCUUCGAGGAUUGUGUAUUUUAUACGUUAUAUAGGUCUAUGCGUGAUCAACACGUUGACUGCUAUGAAGGUCUAUAGUUGUCACUGACCUUCUAAUCAUCAUUGAUUGUUAUUGGCCAUGUUGGAAUUAAUUAAAGCGUUUAGAUGAAAUAAACAGUUAUAUUGGGAAAAUCUUCGAUAAUUAUUCAAUGGUACAAUAUAAAGCACAACCGUCCCUUAAUUCACGCGAGCUUCUUUUUACGCGAAAGAUUAUAGCGUAAUUUACGCGGUAGUUUUUAUGCGCGAUCUCAACGCGGCCAGAAAAUAUAUUUUCCUAGAAGUUUGAAAAGUAACAAGUGUAACUUAUUUUGUUGAAACGCGUCAGUGCUGUAUGAGAUAAGAAUAAAAGUACAUUACGUUGUGCUAGUCAUCAUACGUGUAUAUAUUUUUUCUUUUGUACUGAUAGACUUUAUUUACGCGAUUUUGAAUUUACGUGAAAAUGAAUGCACAUUGAACGGAUACUCCGUGUAAAUUGAGGGACGGUUGUAUUAAAUGAAUUGUAAACAGAUUAAAGAAUCUUAGUUUUUAAUAAAGCUAACACGUACAAAAUGUAGCUAUUCGGCAGUCAAUGCGUUGAUAAUAAUAUUACCAAUUAUUUAGAGUAAUAAUUGACGAUUUAUAAAUACAUAACAAUAUAACGAGAAAAUAUAAUUAUUUAGUAAUUGUUUUAGCGAAAUGCGUUUUACGCGUAGCUUUCUUUAUCAUACGAACAAUGAAGAAUGUAAUUAUUAUACUCGAUGUAUGUGUACGUAUGGAUUGUAAUAUCGUGUUUGUGUUAAUGUGCUAUCGAUUUUCGUCAUCGUUUUGUCGAUUCUAUGGGUUAAAAACAGAAAGUCAUACCCGGUGAUGCUCUGCAACAACUGCCAAUCAGAGAACAAAUCAGAAACAAGUGGUACUAUUAAUUUAUCAUUUUAAGAGGCCCCAAACACGACACGUCGUAAUUAUUCUCCGGUCGUUAGAAGAUUAAGCAGCUUCGACGAAGUACUUAGUUUAAUAACCUUUCGCGAGAAAAACGAGCAUCCGCGUAGAUACUGUGUGGUUCUUGCAUUACGAUCACGUGUGAUGAAUCUUCAGAUAAUUACUGGAUUACAUGUAUUCGGAUAUUAUUUCCGUUAUAACUUGCGAAUUAGAUUUAUCAAGCGAGUUUUAUGUGAUUGAGAAACCUGUGUUUUGCGAAUGACAAACGACUAACAAUAAGAGAUUCGAACGUUGUGUGAUAAUUUAAAGUUAAUGCCCAAUGUUCGUAGAAAAUUUGUAAAUUUCUGUCACGAAUGUAUUUACUUUGUUGCUAGAGGAAUCGUAAAGAAAAGAGGGAAAUUUUUCUGCGACAUAGGACAGGACAUUGAUCACUGCGCAAAUAUUUAUGAAAAUUUAAGAUAAUAAAAUAAGACGCGAAACAUGCUAGAAACUAGUUUGCAUUAAGUCACAUGUAAAUCUGCUCUUCCUCAUAAAAUUAUAUCCCAUUUCAAUAGAUCGCUAUAUUACAGAGCACAAUAAACGAUAGAGAUCAACACCAGAACUACCUAAGACUAAAAUAUAAAGUCAUUGUGUCAAAGAGGAAACAAAGAGGCACGCUAACGAAUUUACAAAAUUUCUAUAAAAAGAAUACGAAUUGCUAAUUUUGAUCAUUCUGGUAGUUUUGGAAUUAAUCAUGAUAACAGUGAUUAAUGUUUCAACCUGUUCUAAAUAUCCUACGAUCCAUUAGACGAUCAAUAGCGAUUUAGACGAAUGUUCACGCUAAAGAGAAAUUAUAUGAUUGAAUUGUAUCUAUUGCGUAUUUAAUGCGUCUAGCCAUUUUAUUAUAUAUUUUUACCUAACUGAAUCUAACAGUCAGUUUCGUCGUCGAGAAUACACGGAUCGUAUGUGGGAAUGUAAAAAAGAAGGAAUGAGGAAAAAAAACGAAAAAUUCGAUGCUAUCGUUUUCAUUCGUUGUUGACAGCCGAAUAGUUGAGGUUGAAAUUCGAAUGCCCGGGGAAAAGAUUUAUUGUAAUGUAAAGAGCACGAUACACAUGCAUAUAUAUAUACAUAUAUAUAUAUAUAUAUAUAUGUAUGUAUGUAAUUGCUUUUAAAGAUAAUUGUGAACAAAAAGAGAAGUAUAACAAAGAUAAACUGAUACGCAGAAUCUUUAUUUACGAAAAGGAGCAAUUCGAUAUUAAUAGAUUUAUAAUAGGGGAGAGCACAGAAGAAUACGACAGAAAUAAAAAUAUUAGCGUCGCACUCAGGCUUAGUCUGCUUCAUUUUGGGAAGCUUCCCGCUUUUCAGCAUACAACAAUUUUGUCUUUCCUGAUUUUUGUGUCACCACUGAUAAGAAGAAAUUCGAGAAUCCGUAAUUCAAUUUUGAAUGUGAACACACUGUGUGUGUGUGUGUCGAUUAGUUAUCUAAAGCAAGUAUGUACAAAAUACACGUUAAUCGUGAUAUUACUUGAGAUAAAAUUUGAAUUCUAGUAAGUAAAAAUCCACUAACGAAUAAACGAUAGAACUACGAUUACGAAAAUAGAUCUCAGAAAAUUGAUUUUAAUAAAAUGAUAAUUACGAA